AUGGGUAGUAAAAGCUCAAAAGAUGGCAGCAAUUCAUUUAAUCCUAUGAAUAUGAUGGCGAUGAGUAGUAUGAUGGGAGGAAUGGGCGGUAUGGGAAUGGGAGGAAUGGGCGGUAUGGGAAUGGGAGGAAUGGGCGGUAUGGGAAUGGGAGGAAUGGGCGGUAUGGGAAUGGAAAUGAAUGGAUAUGGAAAUAACCACAAUCAGGUAUCGAUAUUAGGACAACAAAUGCAAGCACCACAACCUGUUAUACGAAGAAGUCCAAAAUGUCCAGAUUGUUUCCAGGACCAUACAUGCGACUGGAAUUGUCGAGAAACUGAUCCAGGUGGCCGGAUUGACGAAGACUCUGACAAUAGCGAAGAAGGAUCAUCAACGUUUUCAACAAAAAAUAUGAUUAUUAUUCUUAUAUUGUGUUUAACCGGUGCUGGUAUUGCUUAUUUUGUCAUGAUCCGUCAGCAAAAACUGGAAAAAUAUGAAGGCAAAACAAAUACUGAACAACGAAAAUCCCAAGGAAGUAUUGACAGCGUCGAACAAGGAGAUAGCAGCUCAGCUGGUACUCGAUCUGCGGCUGACGGGUUGAAGUCAGUGAAAAGUGUUUCUGAAGUGAAAGACGUUCGAAUUAUAUUAAAACCGUCGGAACAUCAAGUGAGGAUUGUCUAG